UCUCUCUCUCUCUCUCUCAUCACGGCUGUUGCUUGGCCACCCUCUCGUCAUCCUCGCCCAUUGUUCGCUUCCCCAACGGUACUGUCGCCGUCGUAUCGAUUAUACUGAAAUCAUCUCAAAAUGGACCAUCAGGACCACAUGAAUUCUGGACAGGUGGGUGACUCUCAGCACUCUCCUGGGAACAACAUAGCAUCUGGUGUAGGCAACAUGACCAUCGAUGACAGCCAUCAACAAGACAUGAAGAAUAGGAGAGCAGCACAUAUGGGAACGGGUGAUGGGCCAGUGAAAGAGGACACACUUGAACCAACGACUGAAGUGACCAUCCCAAAGCCUGUUUUUGAAGACUCCGAACCCAAACCCUCCUUUGAUAAAGAUGUGCCAUUGGAAGAGUUAACACCCGGAAGGCCGCCCGAGAGUGGCCGGAGCAGUGCGGCAUCAGUGGAUGGGGAGGGAGAGCGAGAGAAUGGGGAAAAGGAGAGCUCUGUCAGCCCAAGAGAGUCUCCAAUGUCUCCACAUCCACUACCGACCACUCUUGCUGAUGAUUUGGGUUCAGGCAUCACGGGUUUUGACAGCCAGGUGAAGAGGAGUCCCUCAGAAAAGAUGACUGACCAUCAUAGUGCCGGUGGAUCUGAGGAGGAGGAGAAAGAAGAAAAUGAAAUGGAGAAGUCUGAGAGAAGAUUUUCUCCUGGUGUGGAAGAAGCUCCCAAAAGUGCUAUCAACAUAAAAGAGGAUGAAGAAGAGGACAAAGUAGUAAGUGAUGAAGAAGAGGAAGAAACUGGAGUUUCCUUGGUGCCCAGUUCUGUCACCCCAGACUUGUCAACCCAGAAAGACGACAACAUUCAUGACGAACAUGAAACCCCUACUCAUCUUCGCAUGACCCCAGAGGAAGCUAAAAAACGUGGCCUAUCGUUUGACUACACAGAACCUCAGGAUCCCGGUCAUCAGGGUGGUCCUGUGGGCUGGGAAUGCAGCUCUGACAAAACACCACCAGAAAGCAAGAGCCCCGACUCCUGCAGGGCGGAUCCGGGAUCACCUCUUUCUCCCAGUGCUGCUGCCGACCGUACCCAAGAGGAAUCAUCUCUAACAGACUUCCAAACUGAUGCUCGGGAGGAAGAAGAGGAAGUAGAGGUACCAGAACCUGAACAAGAAGAGGAGGCGACCACCGUUCCUCUGUCUUCUCAAGAAGUUGCUGCACCCAAGAUGGAGCCUAAGGCAGAGGAACAUAGAGAACCUGAAGAAGCAAAAGAGAUCAAGCAGGAGAAAUAUUUGGAGACGAGCGAUGAUGAUCACAUUGAUACGGAAAAGGUCCAGUCUGUUGCCACACCUGAGCCUGUUGCCACUCCUGAGCCUGUUGCCACUCCUGAGCCUGUUGCCACUCCUGAACCUGUUGCCAAAACCGAACCUGUUGCCGCCAAAGCUAAGGAUGCCGUUAAGCCCAGCGCCCAAGUAAUGCCCACAAAAGCACAAAGCAAAGCAGCUCCUGUCAAAGAAUCUCCAGCCAAAAAAACAAAGAAACUCGUUGCUUCAGUUGCUGCCACUCCUUCCCCUAAAUCUGCUCCCAAACUUCAGAAAACUCCCUCUAAAGAUGCUGCUCCGGCCAGAAAAACAAGUGUCCCAUCCAAAGCCAAGGCUGGAGCAGGGGCAACUCCUGACAAAAAGGCUGGAGAUGCCAAGACGAAGACAGUGGGUGCCAAACCCCAAGGAGUUGGCACCAAAAUCCCUGCUGCUUCAUGGAUGGAGCAGCGGAAGGCAGGACCAGGGUCCAUUGAAAGAGCUGACUCACCUAAAACCCCAGACCGUAGUGGUUGCAACAGCCCAGCCAGUCGGUCCUCUACCCCUGGACAACAAGUGAAGAAAGUAGCAGUGGUGCGCACCCCUCCUAAAUCACCUGGUUCAUUGAGAUCUCGCGCCCCGAUUGCUCCUGUUGCACCCAUGCCUGACCUGAAGAACAUCAAGUCCAAGAUCGGCUCCACUGAGAACAUCAAACACCAACCUGGAGGCGGGAAGGUGACUAUUGUUCAGAAGAAGAUCGACUUUUUCAAUGUUCAGUCUAGAUGUGGAUCCAAAGACAAUAUCAAGCAUGUUCCUGGUGGUGGUAAUGUUCAGAUAGUGCACAAAAAGAUCGACCUAAGCAACGUCCAAUCAAAGUGUGACUCCAAGGGCAACAUUCAUCACAAACCAGGAGGUGGAAAUGUGGAGAUCAAAUCUGAGAAGUUGGACUUCAAAGCCCAGUCAAAGGUUGGAUCUCUGGAGAACAUUGGACAUGUUCCUAAGGGUGGACAGAAGAAGAUUGAGAGCCACAAGCUAAAUUUCCGAGAGCAAGCCAAAGCGCGCACCGACCACGGCGCUGAUAUCGUGUGCCGGUCCCCCGACAUUUCCACGGAUGGAUCGCCCCGCCGCCUCAGCAACGUGUCUUCCUCCGGCAGCAUCAACAUGACCGACUCCCCGCAGCUGUCCACGCUAGCUGAUCAGGUGUCGGCCUCCCUCGCUAAACAAGGCCUGUGAGCUGCCAGCCGAAGCGUGUCGGCAAUUGAAAAAAAGUUAAAAAUGUUUCUCCUUCAGUCCUUUCAAAUAAGGUGCUUGUCGGAUUUCUCCUAACUAAAGGUUGUCCCAGCGGCUUGUCUGCUUGUGAAAUAAUUUUUGCCUCCUGGCACGGAGAGACAGGUAUUGAUGUUAUUGGCUUAGUAUCAUCAAAAGAAAAAAUUACAAUUUAAAAGGAGCUGGUGGUGUAUUGAUCCAAAUGGUCAUUUACAGCACUGAGUAGCCUGAUUUUGUUUGUUUAAUACCCCGUUUUUUAAAAGAAACAACAAUGACAUUUGCUUUCAAAGCUGUAUUUGCUUCGUUGCCUUAUUGUGAAU